AUGACAAGAACAAAAGUGGGAAGUCGACAGCUGAGAGAUUAUCGGAAGCUUAAAGCUCCGAUUUUCGAAGGAGAUGACGCAUUUGGAUGGAUUUACAAGGUGGAACGAUUUUUUGAGAUCCAAGAUAUUGGAGUACAUGAUCUGUUGAAGGCGGCGGCAAUUUGCUUGGAUGGUAAGGCCUUGGCAUGUCUUCCAUCACCACCAUCAAUAAAUAUAUCUCAUGAUGACGGUUUCGACUUUACCAUUGUUCAUGAAACCCCGAGAAAUGACUAUAAUGCCCUUGAUCAUGAGCCACCCAUUGUGAAGGAAACACCAAUCAAGAGCAGUUACCCUGCUACUCUUGAAUCUGUCUCCGAGUCAACCAUAAUCUAA